AUGAUGGAGAAAGGCUCUAGGAAUGCAGAGUAUGUGAACCUGAAGCAUUACAUGGAGAGAAAAAUCCAAGAACUGGAAGGAGAGCUUGCUUGUCCGAAACAGGUGAAGCUGCUGACCAGAGAACAGGAGGCCCUCAAAGAGACUGGAGUGCAAACACCAGAAUCACAGCAAACAGCAGAAUGUUUUUAUUCAAGACUGGAGGAAGAAAAUAAGUUCAAUGAUUUUGUUGCUGUGAAAGAUACUUGGCAUGAAGAACUAGCUCGUGCUGCCAAGGAAAAAGAUGUGAUGCCAGCUUCAGUGAAAGAAGCCCAAGUCAGUCAAUUUAAAAAGUUGAAGAAGCAGAUUAGAGAACUGCAGAUGAGACAUAAAAGUCUGGAAGUUGAGCUGUGCAGAAGAGAAUGGAGUCACAAUGCUUGUUUAAGAGAGAAAGAUGCUCUUAUUAGACAAUAUCAACAACAACUGUCUCUGGCAGCUGAGCAAGAAUGGAUUCUGGAACACAGUAAAAUGCAAACAGAACUGGACUGGCAGCAGCUUUGUGAGAAUGUUGGAAGUAAUCUGUAUCAGAAAUCAGAGGAGCUAACCCAAAGCCUGUCUUCAGCAAGAGAGCAGGUUGAAGCUGAUCCACAGAAAACAGACCACAGGUUGCAUGAAGUGAAGACUGUUCUUUCUGCUUUGACUGCUGAGAGAGAACAGGCAAUACAUGCAUCCUUUAAUCACAGUACUUUACCUGAAGGGGAGAAACGGAUACUUCAGUAUGAUGGUGAAAGUUCUCUGAGCAAAGAGAUUCCUAAUUUGGAAAUAAAAAAGCUGCAGGAGCAGAAUGCCAACCUUCGGGCUGCUAUUGCACAAAUGAGGAAAGAAAUGGAGAGUCUUGAUGAGCAGACGUUGUCCUCUCAUCCUCCAACAGAAAACAGACAGCUUGCAGAGCAAGGUUCAUUAUGCACAAACAAAAUUUCAGCUGGAACCACUCUGAGCAGUAUCAAAGUUGGCUCAGCUAACCUGGAUUGUACAGAAAACCCAGACACAGAAAAGGGUUUUACUCUGGACAUGGAUCUAAAGGGGCCAAAACACAAAAUUCUUGAAGAAAAGAUAAAUCUUGGACAACAGUUACCUGAUACAGGUCCUGGUGUUGGUUUUCAGUAUUGUGUCAGCUGCACUGUGCAAGGAACACAAAAUAAACUGAAGGAAGCAGUGAAAAACAUCUCAGUUCUGAGCCAAGAAAAGCAGCAGCUGAUUGAAAUGGGAAACAAACUCAGGGCAGAACUCAGAACAAUAGCAAAAGAAGGACUUUGGCAUCCUGUUAGCUCUAAGCGCUGCACGAUUUGUAUUGACUCUGGUAGUCUUUUUCCAAGAGAGCUUGUCGAAAGAAUACAGUGUCAGCUGUCAGCUUUAAAGCUUCUACAGCACAGGCUUACAACACAGGAGCUGCAGUAUGCAAAGCAACAGCACCCCUCAAAGAUCUGUUCUCUAACUGCCUGCCCUAACUUAAAGAGAGAAAAAGCUCCCAGCAGCUGUGGGGGAGAAACAGAAUUACCAUCCACGGAGGUUCAGCUGGAUUUCUCUAUUGAAAAUCAUGGGCCAGAACAACGAAAGGCAGAUACAUCCUCAAAGGUAGUUCAAAGUCAGCCACUCAGACAGAGUCCUAGUCAAGCCCAGCAGGUCCAGCUUUCUUCAUCUACAGCACGUCAUUUCUGCCAAGGUAUUUGGCAAACUUUACAAAUGGGAUCAAGCCCUUCUAUUCUCAGUCCUCAAGAGAACACUGACCAAGUGAAGUUUGCAGUUAUACAUUCAACUGAGCGAUCUGAAGAAUCUCAGCAAAAUAUCAAAGCCAAGGAUAAACUUGAAAUGCCAGCUGCAGAUUUGACAGUCAGAGGAACCAGGCUGGAAGUUCAGCAGAAGCUAAAAUCCAGGAAUUUAUCUUGUGCUCAUCCCAUAAACCCCAAAAUCUCUUCUAACAUGGCAAAAAUCCGCAACUAUAAUAUUAAAGACUGAUAUCUUUCUUGGCAGCAAGUUCCAGGUCCAUGCCUGCUGUUAACCUACUUCAAAAUCCAUGAAUCUGAUCUAAAUAUAGGCUUCAUUUUUGUGUGUUGAGUUGGGACAGCUGCAGCCAGAAGAAAGAACAAAUACCCUGUUUCAUACUGUAAACCCUAAAAUACAGGGUUAAUCCAUGUA